AUGCGCGUCUCCGCCUCUGCCAUUAUCGCGGCCCUGCCGUUCCUGGCGUCCGCCCAGGAAGAUCCAUUGGCGCAGUACAAAGCGCAAUUCCAGACCUUCAUGGACAAGAUGAGCGGGUACAUCCCCAACCCGGGAACGCAUGAUCCCGUGGCGGCACUGGAGGCGAAGCUGGGCAGCAUGAAGAUGUCUACGUUGACCCUCGAGAACUGGAAGGAGACACUAUAUGAGCCUGUUGCUCCAGGAGCUACAGUUCCCACCGAGUGGUGGGUGUUGAUUUCCGGCCGUAACAAGACUUGUUUUGGCCAUUGCGGCAAGGUUGAGCAGGCUUUCAACGAAACGGCCGCCAAGUUCGCCAUCCUCCCCGGCUCUCCGCACAUGGGCAUGCUCAACUGCGACGACCAGCCCAUCCUUUGCAACGCCUGGUCCGCCGGCGCCGGCAGCAUCUGGUCCAUCAACAUGCUUCCCGCACCCGCCACCGUUGACAUCUACAAGAAACGGCUCAACCUUACCUCCACCACCUCCGAGGACCUCGUCAAGCUCAACAGCGCCGAGUCCAAGCAGGCGGCCGGCUUCGUCCCCCUCGACUCGUGGUUCCAUCCCUUCAACGGCAAGGCUACCGAGCUCGGCCUCUCCGUCCCCUACGGCUACGUCAUGUGGGCGUUUGGCCUCGUCCCCAACUGGCUCUUCAUGUUGAUCGUCUCCUUUGCCAGUCGCAGCUUCAUGGGCAACCGCAUGCAGCCCGGUGCCGGCGCCCCUGGUGCGGCACGUCCUGGUGCAGCCGCCGGCCAGCGUCGACCUCAGUAG